AUCUCUUGUCCAAGGUUAACAAUUGAACCACGUAAUUUGUAGUUGAAAUCGAAUCAGUUGGUACCUUAAUUACAAGAUAGUGGUUACUCUUCUAUUCUCAAACAAAGCCCAAUUGUAUAAGAUGAACAUGAGUUUUGUAUCUCGAGAUUGGGUGCUUUCAUGGGCAAUACUACUUUUGGUGUCAGGCACACAACACUCAUCACUUGCUCUUGGGAAGACUCAAAAUAAGAUUCAAACAGAUGUUUUUCUAUCUCCAAAGUUUGAACUAGGUCCAGGGUCAGUUACAAAUAAAUAUUACUAUGAUGUUGAGUUCCCAAAGGGUCAUAUUGCACUCAAGAGUUUCAAUGCUGAAAUAGUUGAUGAAACUGGGAAUUCUGUGCCUCUCCAAGAAACUUAUCUCCACCAUUGGGUUGUUGUGAGGUACUAUCAACCAAAAAAUGUGUCACACAAUAGUCAAUCAGGUAUUGUUGUGGUGAGAAAUAGUGGCUUAUGCCAAGGUAAUGUUCUUGGACAAUAUUAUGGCAUUGGAUCUGAAACAAGAGGAACAGCUACAGAUAUUCCUGAUCCUUUUGGAGUAGAAGUUGGUAACCCUACAAAAAUUCCAUACGGGUAUGCGGAGAAAUGGGCAAUUAAUGUACAUGCCAUUGAUACAAGGGGUGUGGAAGAUAGGAUGGGGUGCAUUGAAUGUAGAUGUGACCUUUAUAAUGUUACAAAAGAUGAAAAUGGUAACCCUUUGAGUCCUAAUUAUAAAGGAGGCUUGCAAUGUUGUCCUGAUAACUCCCAGUGUAGGAUGAGAAAAGGGUUUCAAGGUCCAAAACGAAGCUUAUAUCUUAAAUAUACAGUAAAGUGGGUCAACUGGGACAAUUUUAUGAUACCUCUUAAGAUUUAUAUACUUGAUGUGACUGAUACUUUGACUGUAUCAAAUAAGUCAAAAGGAAUGAGUCCACAACAUAACUGCCAGGUUGAGUAUGAUAUUGAAGCUUGCAACAAAGACCAUAAGAAUAGUAGUGGUUGCGUUGAUGUGAGAAGAACAAGACUCCCACUGCAAAAUGGGGGUUAUUUCAUUUAUGGAGUUGGCCAUCAGCAUGUUGGUGCCAUUGCAUCAACUCUAUACGGACAGGAUGGGAGGGUACUAUGCUCUUCAAUACCAAAAUAUGGAAAUGGAACUAAAGCUGGAGAUGAGAAAGGGUACGUUGUAGGAAUGACCACAUGUUAUCCUCUACCAGGUUCUAUCAAGAUAACAGAUGGUGAAACUUUAACUCUAGAGAUUAUCUACAGCAACAGCCAAAUGCACAGUGGAUUAAUGGGGCUUUUCUAUUUUUUGGUGGCAGAACAAGUGCCACACAAAUACCUCUAAGUGCAUCUAUGAGGCUAUUCUAUGGUAUCUAUCCAAGUAAAAAUGUUAUGAUAAA